AUGGCAAAGAACAGAGAAAUUCUUGCCACUGCAGUUUUGUGUGACUGGAGCCUCAUCAGUACCACACAAGCAGCAUCAGUGUCUGCCCCAGCUCCCUCUGCUCCUGGAGAAGAUGAAGAAGAGCAAAUUGAACAGUAUGACCACGAAGCUUCAUCAGUGGUCACACCAGAGCCUGAACCUUCUGAGCCACUGACAGAGGCAACAGCAGUGUCUGCCCCGGCUCCCUCUGCUCCUGGAGAAGAAGCCAAAGAGGAGCAAAAUGAGCAGCAUGACCAUGAGGCUCCAGCAGUAGUCACAGCAGAGCCUGACACUUCUGUGAGUAUGACAGAGACAGCAGCAGUGUCUGCUCUGGCUCCCUCUCCUCCUGGAGAAGAAGCCAGAGAGGAGCCAAUUGAGGACUGUGACCACGAGGCUCCAUCAGGGGUCACAGCAGAGCCUGACACUUCAGAGCCAGUAAGUGCCAGUUGUGGGUGGUGCUGUCUUUAGUGCAAGGCAGAGCUGCAAGUUUCUGAGCAGCCAGCUCUUGCUGUUGCUGCCUGAGGAUGCUGAGUGCUGGAGUCCUGCCAGGAGCCAGCGAUUUCCUGCAGGCAGUGACCACCAGGCAGAAAUUGGCCUUGGAC